AUAAAACGUGCAUUAGAGGAUGAACGAGCUGUCUACACAGAAGUCCGAUUAGUAAAAGAUAGAAAAUCUCAAAUCUCGCGUGGUCUUGCCUUCGUCGAUUUUAAAUCGAUCGAAGAUGCCAGACGCUUUGGCGAAAUGUCAGUCCGCGGUGUUAUGGCCAAAUUAAGCUUUGGGGCAUCACGCGAUGAACACAUAGAUAGGAUUCGCCAAACCUUAGAUUACCACCAUCAGGCAUUUAUUGACGUCCGUGUCAUAAGAGACAAAGAAACAGGUAUGACGAGAGGAUUCGGUUUUGUCGAAUUCGCCUCUGUCGACGAGGCGAAGCACUGGAUGGAUAGCCAAAAUCUUUGUCAAUUACAGGGAAUCAUGCGCGUGCGUCGUCAGGAACUCCGGAUGUCGUACAGUUCUUCGCGUGCCUACCCCGACAACCUGGCUCUGUCUCUCGGUCGCUCGAUUUGCUCGCCGGACGUCUCGAUGGGUGAUUGGAUUUGUUCAAGGGUGGGUAUCGUCGACCGCUUCUGA